CCAUAUCCAAAAAACAUCUGUCACACACUUUUAAAAGCAGACAUCAGCCCCAAAGAUAGCAUUCAGAAGAUCAGUCGACGAGCGCAAGAUGCAGAUUGCAACGCCAUUAUUCCUUGGCAUUUGCGUGGCUAGCUCCGCCGGUCUCAAUGGCAUUGUAAUAUACAUCUUCGCCAAAAUUGGCAUGAAGAAGUUGACAUUCAAAGAUUCCUUCAUGCUUAGUAUGAGCAUUGGGGACCUCAUACAAUCGAUGUUUGGCUAUUCCCUUGAGAUCUACUCUAUUGUGGCGAGAAAAGGUGGUGAAAUACAGACAAAGCAAGGGAUAGAAUUCUGCAAGGCAUCUGGAUUUAUUGUCACCUUCUUGGCCCUCUCCUCCACAGCCCACUUAACAGCCCUGGCAUACGACCGAUAUUUGACGAUAUGCAAACCAUUUAUGGCCACCCGUAUCCAUGGCUCUUACAUUUUAUGCACAGCCUUCAUAUCAUCAUGCUGGACAUACGGCUUCGUGUGGGCAGCGUUUCCACUCAUUGGCUGGUCGGGAUACGAGCUAGAAAGCGACGCCCUUAGGUGUUCUAUUGACUGGGCAUCGAAGAAAACAAAAGACCACCUCUACAUCAUAUUUUUGUUCAUCUUCUGCUUCAUCAUACCCGUUUCUGUCAUGUGCUAUUCCUUCUACAGAGUGAAACAAGAGCUACGCGAGAUGCAGUCACGUGCUUCCAAUCUUUUUGGCCGUGAGUCCAAGGCAGCAAAGGACAACGUUCGAGCAGAGAAGAGACACACAAGGCUUGCAAUCGUCAUGUGUAUGGUUUUCAUCAUAACAUGGAUGCCCUAUACCUUACUCUCUUUCUGGGCCAGCUUCUUUACACAUGUCGCUGAAUUACCAGUCACCUUGGCAACAGUCUCCGCCAUCAUUGCAAAGUCGUCAACAAUGUUCAACCCAGUCAUCUACACUAUUAUGCACAAACGAUUCAGGCAGAGUAUUUUGGCAACACCUUUUGGAAAGGUUCUUUGUCUAUCACCCAAGAUAUCUCCUGAAGACAGUUCUUUCCAAGUUACAGAAAAAGCUUGAAGCAAUUGGCGACAGAAAAAGACUACUCACUUUCGCAAUAAUUUAUGGCGCAAGUUUGCAAGAACCUUUAGCUAUGAAUAUUAAAAACAAAAUAAGUACAGCUUAUAAUCUUCAUGUAAAAACUAAUUGGCUUGAUUCAUGUUGCCUUUUGUCGAUUUUAAAGUGUUGUGUUGUAAUUUUGCUUUCCCAACAAAACUGUUUUAAAGUUUAACUCUGAUAUUCAAGACUGAUAAGACGUCUUUGAGAUGUUGUUAUAAUUAAUAAACAGCCAAGCUGUAAAUGUGUCUGCCUUAUAAAAUGUUUUGGACGUGAGCGUUUAAAACAGCUGAUUAACUUUUUAAGAAAAUAGAUAUCUCAUCAUCUCUAAACCUGAUUGAUGUUGUGAAAGAUUUGCUCGCCAUCCAGAUCGUAUUCAUUAGACUUGUUUUAGUGCGGGUGAAACAAGCUAUUUGAAGGCAAAUCCUGAUAAAGAAAAGCAAAAUAUAUUGACGAAAGAGCUCGAAAAACAUAAGAGCUUUUUCUAGAUUUUGGGUGGAAGGCUUAUUGUCAGUUUUAUAUCAAGUUCCCAGUAGAAUGCUAGAGUUUAGUAGCAGCAGAAUAAAGACAUUUGUUUACUUGGGAGCUAAUUUUGGAGUCUAUGUUUUGACUUUUUCUGGUUAAGGCUGAUGAUAAUUCGCUAAAAAUUCCACUUCCAAAACUUGUAUUUCAACUCAUCUUUUAUUCGAAUUUUUUUAAUUUUGUAUCCGUGAGUACACACAUAUUCUUUGCAAUCUUGAUAAGCAUAAUGAUAAUUAUUUUCUUUCUCACUCGGAACCUUUCGUUAUUUUUUAAGAGACUUGGAAAAUGAUGUAGUGGUGUUGUUUCGAAGCGUGUCUUAUGUCCAAUUUAGGUUUGAAAAUUUUGCAUUCAUUUAGUGGUUUCAGAAUUUAUUGUCUGCAAUAGUAUAAUGCAUGGUUAAAUUUUUUUGCUCAUUAUUUUAUCUCAUAAAAGCCUCGCUCGUUUUCUUUUGACUGCUAUUUUCAAUGAAGAAAGAAGAGGCGAGUCAGUGUUACACGACAAAAAGGAUUUAUUCCAUGAGGUUAUGAGGCUGAGCUUCUGUGAAAUGCAAUCUUGAACAACGUUUUGUCUUAAAAAACGAGGAUUUUUCGGCCAUGUGCUUUUAGCCGGGUGCUUUUUCGUUGAAUAUUCAAACCUGUCGGCAAAUGAAAGUUUUCUCGCUCACUUUGUAGGCAAAAGGGGCCUGAAUACCUCGCUGGGGUGAAAAAGCUAGCAAUCGCACUGCUUGUACCCUAUCAAUUCAAGAACAAAUUAAAAACAAUCCAGCCUCAGAUUUUCGAAAAAAUUAAGAACAGUCGGCCUCAACUUAAAUUUAUUGGUUCUUCUUCAAAAAGGGUGUGCCAAGCACUUUGGUCAAAUUAAGAUACACACUUUUUAUAAGGAGCAACUUCAUAAGGAACCUACACGUAGAAGACCGAAAUAUUUAAAGAACUUAUACUACUAAAAACGAAAUCCCUAAGAAACUUUUCGAUUUGAAAAUUUUUUAUAACUGCCAGCAUCAAGAACUAAAAAACCGGUUCCAUUCAUUUGCAGCCAAUACUCGCAUAGAUUGUUUGCUACUCGUGUGUCAAGUGCUUCAUUGGUUAGUUUCCGCAUAUGCUGUCUUGCCCCUCUUUCUAUUAAGCUUCUGAGUUCUAGCCACAAGUAAAGGCAAAAUUCAAAAUUUCAUGUGUUUCCUGUUUCUGUACUAUUUUUAUGGCACUUGAUGUGCAGUGAAAAUUAAGGAACUAUUAAGGAACUUUUGGUACUACAAUUUGAUGAUUUGAGGUCUACGAAUAAGGAACUUUUGGAACUAGGCCUUGAGGUAGGUUCCCUAAAAAAGCGUGUAUCUGCUGAAAAAGUUGAAAUGCAUUUAUUAGCUGUUUGCUACUUUGGUCUUGCUUUUUGCGCCACGGUCAGUUGAGUCCUUGAAAGUUUUUCUGUAGCGUGCAUAUUCACGAACUUCGUAGACACGAAGGGUUUUCGUCCUUUAAUUCUACGUGUAAGAUACGCCCACAAGGGCUCAAGGAAAAUACGAGAGAUGUAUUUGUCUAAUAAUUAAAGAGGACUGUAUAUAUAUUCAAAAACAACGAUAAUCUUAUAAUCUAACAAAUCUAACAAACGAAAUAGGCAACGAAUAAUUAGAAUGUAAUAGUGUAAGAGUCUAAGAAUGUAAGAGUUCUUUUCUUCAGAAUUUCUUCGACUUCACCUGGUUAUGUUCUUGUUCGGAAAACCUUUAUCUUGCGAGUUCUUCGAGUUCUUUGAGUUUCAAGAGCGAUUUCGUAGAGUUUAAAAGCGAUACACUCAUUUAUUUUAUAAGAAACUGGCUAUAAGAAACGAGUACUGGACAGUCAGAAAAAAUAAAGAAACUUUAGUACUCGAAGAAAAAAAAAUUAAGAAACUAUUAAAUCGUAAUAAAACUGAGAACAACGAAAUUUUGUAAAAUCCAAGAACAAGAUUGCCCUGUUGGCCUAGAAAUUAAGACACAAGGGGUAAAAAUAUACUUCCCACAUCUAAAUACAGCAUCGGAAUGGAAACGAAUCUCUUGACGUGAUAGAAAAGGUCGCGAACAUUUCAUGACAUCAUUCAUGACAUCAUAAUUAAGAAACUCUUAAGAAACAAUGAGUAUUGAAAUUUCCAGAAUAUUAAGAAACUGGAGUACUCAACAUCGACCUUUGUUUCUUAUAAAAAAAAUGAGUGUAGUUCUUCGAGAAUCGAGUUCGAGCGUGAGAGUUCUUUCCUUUUUUCUUAGGUGUUGACACCAACAACAAAACAAAAACCCAGCAGAAAACAUAAUAAACGUCAAAAAUAAACAAAGAAAACAAAACGAGGUUAGGGGACAUUUCCGCACAGCAUAUCCCACCAAAAAACAGAUUCUCAAAAGUUUAACACAAUAUCUAAGUACUGUCUUGUCCACAA